GUCAGACAUCUAUGUGGUCAUGUGCCGAACUGGAGGAUCGGGCCCCAAAGGCAUCUCCUGCAUAGUUGUUGAGAAGGAAACCCCUGGCCUUAGCUUUGGCAAGAAGGAGAAGAAGCAUGUGGACCUUCCUGGGGAGACCUGAAUGCAUUCUAUGCCUGUCUUCUGCCUUAUCCGCAAUGGCUCUGCAAAAGCAGAAAGAGUUACCCAGGCUUAAUCAAACUCACUUGACCCCCCUGUUGCUGGUGACUCGACGGGUAGGUCUGAAAGUUGAGAGAUCACAAUUCACACUGGAAGGUUCCCCAUUCCGGAUCAUAUCUGGCACUAUCGACUACUUCCGGAUACCUAGGCAGAAAUGGAGAGUCAGCUUGAGGAAGAUGCGGGACGGUGGCUUCAACACCCUCACCACGCACGUCCCUUGGAAUCUCCAUGAGCCAGCAGUGGGCCAGUUUCGUUUCAUUGAAAACCUGGACCUCAUAACUUUUAUCACCAUGGCAUCAGGGGAGGGGCUCUGGGUCAUUCUGUGUCCAGGUCCCUAUGUUGGCAGUGACUUAGACCUUGGAGGCUUGCCCAGCUGGUUACUCAAGGAUCCAAAAAUGAAGCUGCGGACAACUUACAAGGGAUUCACUGGAGCCAUGAAUGAGUAUUUCAACUAUCUGAUUCCCAGGAUAGCACCGUUCCAGUAUAGAAAAGGAGGCCCUAUCAUUGCCGUGCAAAUUGAGAAUGAAUAUGGCUCCUACUAUAUGGAUAAAAAAUAUAUGGCGUAUGUAAAAAGAGCUUUGGUGUCAAGAGGGAUCAGUGAGCUGCUCAUGACUGCAGAUGAUGGUCUGAAUCUGAAAAAGGGCCACUUGAAAAAUGUGCUGGCCACUGUCCACAUGAAGAAUAUAAGGAAACAAACAUAUGAAGACCUCGAAUCCAUUCAAGGUAGAAGCCCUAUACUGAUGAUGGUAUAUACAUCAAACUCUUUUGACACAUGGGGAGCUCUCCGCCAGUUUGGAGAUCCACAUAUACUGAUGAAGGAUGUGCGUGAGAUGUUCAUCCUGGGGUUCUCCUUCAACUUCUAUAUGUUCCAUGGCGGCACCAACUUUGGCUUCAUAGGUGGAGCUCAGUCUUCAGAUGGUUAUCAACCUGUAGUGACCAGCUAUGACUACAAUGCACUGCUGACAGAAGCUGGCGCACGCACGCCCGAAUAUCGGGUGUUUCAGGAGUUCUUUUGCUCUGUUACAGGUACCCAGCAAGAUGUUUCCAAUAAACGAAAUCCUGCAAAUACAUUUACCUAUACACCAUUGAAAUUCUUAUAUUUCAUGACCCUAUGGGAAGUCCUGCCCCAUCUGGACCGGGAUCUAGGCUGUGUGCCUCCUCGGACUUGGAAUCAUCCGUUUCUCCAAGGAAUUCUGAAGAGCUCUUGUUGUUGUCCAACCAAGUCUGUCAAGCCAAUCCCCAUGGAGCUGCUGCCUGUGAACCAAGGGAAUGGCCAAUCCUUUGGGUACACGCUUUAUGAGACCACCAUCUCCCAUGGAGGCCUCCUCACCUCGAGGGGUCAUAUUCAAGACCGAGGGCAGGUGUUUUUGGGUAACAACCACGUAGGAGUCCUGGAUCAUUACAACGAUGAGCUACUUAUUAUGAAAAAUCCCUCCAAGAAAACCCAGGCUCUGAGGAUCCUGGUGGAGAACCAAGGCAGACUCACUUCUGGGAAGGAUAUUAACAAGCAGAGAAAAGGUUUAACUGGAGACGUCUAUCUGGACAAGACUCCACUAAGACAUUUUGUGAUCUACAGCCUGGAACUGAGAAAUGCAUUCACACAAAAGAAACUUCCAAAGUCCUGGGAAAUAGUGACAAGCCAUGUUCAGGGCCCUGCCUUUUUCCUGAGUCACUUGAGAGUUGCAGAUCCUCCACAGGACAUCUUUAUAAAAAUACAGGGCUGGGAAAAGGGUGUCAUAUUCAUCAAUGGACAAAUCCUAGGACGAUACUGGAAUGUCGGUCCCCAGGAAACCCUCUAUGUGCCUGGCUCCUGGCUUCAUCCUGGAAUUAAUGAGAUUGUGAUGUUUGAGGAGUUGAGAGGUGGUUUAAAGAUCGACUUGGCAGAAGAGGCUCAUCUAGGACAUUGAGUCUCAAGUACUGUGAAAUAAGCCAGAAGAUAGAUAGCUGAAUCACAUCCACAGUGGUGCUGGGAGUAACCCAUAAGUCCUGACACCUAGGUGGGUCUCUGUACCUAGCCUAUGCCAGGCUUAGGUUCUGCCGUCCACCUCCUCCCUUGACAGCAAACCUGUCUUUUGACUUGUUAGCUCAUCUGUUUCUGCUGUUUACAACAAAAUGGGCUUUCCCCGUACACUUUCCUUGUCAUGUUUCUUCUAUAAAAAAGCUCUUUGACCAGCAAAUAAAAUGUUGGGAAAAAACAAAGCAAGAAGAUGUUCAGAAUACCUAACAUUGCAAGUGUAAAUCUGAGAAUAUUUCCAAUAAAUCAAAUAAAAUAGAAACCACA